AUGGUGGCAGCGGUCACACCGGCCGGCGAACCUACGGCUACGCCUGCGCCUGCGCCACCUGCGUUCAACCCGUUCGCGGUAGAACUUCCGGACAAGUUCGAUUUUCGACAACCGGAGGGGUGGAAGCGCUGGGUGACGAGAUGGGAGCGGUACCGGAACAUAUCGGGCCUGCAGAAACAGGACAGCUCGACACAGGUGAACACGUUCCUGUACGCUAUGGGGACCGGGGCAGAAGACGUCCUCGUUUCCAUGCGACUAACGGACGAAGUAGCCAACGACUACGACAAGCUCAAGUCAGCCUUCGACAAGUACUUCGUUCCAAGCCGGAACGUGAUCUACGAGCGCGCGCGCUUCAACCUGCGCUCUCAGUUGGAACACGAAACUGUGGAAGAAUUCGUUAAGGAGCUACACCGGCUAGCAGAGUUCUGCGAGUUUGCUUCGCUCAAAGAAAAACUUAUUCCAGACAAGCUGGUUGUUGGCCUCCGGGACAGUCGUCUGAGUGAACGGCUACAAUUGGAUUCUCAACUCACACUGGAGAAAGCGGUGACAAUGGCCAGAAACUCUGAGGCUGUGAAGGGCCAGCAGAAUCUUCUUCGCGGGAACGAACCGCCAUCGCAGGCACCGACGUCGAAUGCCACGCUAGACGUCGUCACUUCUGGCAGGCCAGCUUCACACAAGGGACGGCAGUCUGAAGCUCGGCCUCCAGCUCAACGACCGGCACAGCCAAAGUCCGAUCCCUGCAAAUGGUGUGGGUCGAUGCGAUUCCACCCGAGGAUAGAAUGCCCUGCACAGGGGAAAGUCUGUAGCCACUGUGGGAAACUGGGCCAUUUCGCGUCAGUCUGCCAGACUACACCGGCGUCGAAGCCAGCAUCCGGUCGCGGACGGCGUGGUCGCCGGCCCAAGCAAUCGCGGAGAGCGCUCGAAGAGGUAUUCCUCGAUGGUCUACAGCAUCCCUCAUCGUCAGACGCCUGGUUUAUUACGGUCCUUGUCAACGGCAGACCAAUCAAGUUUAAGGUUGACACCGGAGCAGAUGUCACUGCCGUGCCAGAGUCAGCCCUGUAUCCAGAGACGCGACGCUCUGCGACACGUCCUACGAAGAGGCUCUACGGCCCCGGCAAGUCCCUGAUAAACACUCUGGGUCAAGUACACGUCGACAUGAGCUGGAACGGCCAGACGACCAACCAGGAAGUCUUCAUCGUCGACGGCCUACAACACGCUCUGCUAGGCCGACCAGCCAUCAAGGCCUUGGAGGUUCUCCCUCAACUUCUCGAAAUCGGACACGAUCACGGACACGACUGCAUUGCGUCAGUGUACCCCGAGCUCUUUGCAGGCCUAGGACUGAUGAAGGCAACAUACAGCAUUCACCUUGUUCCGGGACCGAGGCCAUAUGCAGUAACGUAUCCAAGACGUCUAGCACUUCCACUGCUACCAAGUGUACAAGCCGAAAUACACCGAAUGGAAGAGCUGGACGUAAUUCAAAAGGUAGAGCAUGCCACGGAAUGGUGCGCACCGAUGGUAGUUGUAAGGAAAAAGAACGGCAAGCUACGCAUCUGUGUUGAUUUCGGCGAGCUCAACAAGCAAGUCGUCCGUGAGCGCGUGAUCAUGCUGACGGUAGAAGAGAACCUCAGCAAAAUCACGGAAGCUAAGGUGUUCAGCAAGCUCGACGCCAAUGCUGGAUAUUGGCGUCUCCAUGCAGCGUUGCGUAAACUCUCAGACGCGGGCAUCACCCUCAACGAGGAGAAAUGCCAGUUCAGUAGCACCAGGAUACACUUUCUGGGUCACGUUCUGGACGAGCGGGGGAUCUAUGUUGACCCUGAGAAGACCGAAUUCAUACGCAAGAUGCGGGCACCGGAGUCUGCUAGUGAGCUACGGUCGCUCUUCGGGAAGCUUACGCACUUGAUGAAGUUCCUUCCGGGGUUGGCCGAAAAGACGAAAGUACUUCGUGAACUCCUUUCUUCGGAUGCCGCUUGGUACUGGGGACCACAGCACAAACAAUCGUUCCAACAGAUCAAGAAGGAACUCACAACCAGUCCCGUUCUGGCGUACUACUCUCGGUUGCGACCACACACUUUGUCCGUGGACGCGUGGUCCAACGGCCUCGGAACGGUGCUGCUCCAGGAGGAAACUGACGGUCGACGUCAUCCAGUUGCGUAUGCGUCGAGGCUCCUGACUCCGACUGAGCAACGGUAUGCACAGGUAGAGAAAGAAGCUCUUGCUGUGACGUGGGCAUGCGAAAAGUUUCGUAUGUAUGUCCUGGGCCUUCGUUUUCAAGUGGAGUCUGACCACAAACCCCUCGUGCAAAUCUAA